AUGCAGAUCCAGGUCUCCGUCGCGGCGCUCUCAUUGGCGCUGGCGGCGUUCUCUGCCGAGGCCUCCGUGCCCUUGACCAUCAUCAACCAGUGUAGUGAGAACGUCGACCUGUAUGAUAACUCGGUCGUCGAGACCAUCGCACCCGGCGGCUCCACCAGCCGCACACUUGCUCAGGGUUUCAGUGGAAUGUUCCGCAACGGCGUCAGCUCCCAGGCCACUCUGGCCGAAUUUGCCGUGACUGGUGGCUUUUUGUGGUAUGACAUCAGUAUCAUCCCCACGGGCAGCGUCGGCCCUGGCUACUGUCCGUCGUUGGAGGAAUGCAAGGCCGUCACGGGUGGCACGGGCUUCAAUACACCCAUGCAGAUCGCCCCGUCAGGAUGCCAGACUGUCACCUGUCUCCAGGAUGGCUGUGCGGACGCGUACCAGUUCCCUAAGGAUGACACCAAGACCCACGCGUGUUCGGACACGACCUCUGUGGUGGUGACCUUUUGCCCCGGUGGGAGCGGAGGAUCGACGCCCUCGACCUACGACUCCACGCAGCAGCAACAGCAGCAGCAGCAGACGGCACCGGCCCCCACCACCGCUGCUCCGACUGCACCACCCACUCAACCCCCUACACAGGCUCCUACGCAGCCCCCUACACAACCUCCUACUGAGGCCCCUACGCAACCCCCUACUGAACCUCCUACCCAACCGCCUACGCAACCGCCUACGCAGCCACCUACUGAGGCUCCUACGCAGCCCCCUACUCAGCCCCCUACUGAGGCCCCUACGCAGCCCCCUACCGAGGCACCUACGCAGCCCCCUACCGAGGCACCUACGCAGCCCCCUACCGAGGCACCUACGCAGCCUCCUACCGAGAAACCUACGCAGCCCCCUACCGUGGCGCCUACGCAGGCUCCGACCGAAGCUCCGACGCCGACACCAACGGAGACACCAGUUCCUACCACGGCCGCCCCAAAGCCCACGACGGCGACACGUAGCAAGCAAUCCGCGUCUUCGAACUCCACUUCCGAUGAUGACGAGCAGGAGGCUGCUACUGUGACGCCUUCGAAGGUAUCCAAGACUGGCUUAACUACUGCCACAACGGCCCCAGAAGCUCAGGUUAUCUCAGCGCCGUCAACGUCCACGUCCUCCAAGUCUGAUAACACGGAGACCGUGAACACGCAGGCUAGCGCUGGCAACGGCACGGGUACAGGCACGUACGUCGCUACGGGUCUGGGAGGCUGUGCGGUGAUUGCUGCUGUGGCUGUGGUGGCUGUUGCUCACAAGAAAAAGAAAGAACUGGACGCCACAGAGGACAAGGAUUACAGCCAGGAUCAGCUUAUGACACCUGUGACACAGAUCAAUGUGCUCGUGUACUUGUAUUUGAAUCUGAACCAGAUCCGCAUAUUUGAAUGUCCGCUCUAG